AUGUUUCGGCUAGGUCAGGGUAGUAAACUUAUUAAAUACCAUUUGGGAUAUAGAUUAGUAAUUGAUUUUAAUCGCCAUGCACAAUCAAUGUACCAGUUUAUGCACACUCUGAACUUCAUUGUGAAAGCAAACUCUAAUAUAAUAAAUAUUUCGGGAUUGGACUCAACGAGAGGGCCGAAUACAAAGGGCACUAUCAUUGGGCAUAUGGACGACACGCCCACAAAUACGGCCGCUAUAUUAUCAGUCAGGCCAACAAAAAUUCAUUGUACAGCCGGGUUCCUCUACUCGUACAUCAAUAGGCAACUAUCGUUAACCAUAUUAACCAUAAUAUUGGCCGUAUUCUCGGCACUGUCCCCGUUCUGCACCAACAUAUGGCUGCUGUACGCCAGCGUAUUCAUCGCAUCCAUAGGCGGCGGUGCGUGGGAUAGCGGUAACAGCGUAUGGACUAUAGAGCUAUGGAAGGAGAAUAGUCCACCUGUGCUACAGUUGGCCCAAAUGAUGUUUGGUCUUGGUAAUAUACUGUCGCCGAUUAUAGCCAGGGACUACCUGUUGGGCGAUAUGUCCAACUGUACCGAUGCCGUGGAUUACUCGCUACAGGUGACCGGUCUGGGUAGACAUUACUUUAACCGUCAUCAUCCCAAACAUCACCCCCACACCCAUCGCCCGCCGCCCCAUCACUUGACCACAACUGUCGCCCCCUUUGUCUGUCCCGACGACGAUCCCAUCAAUUACUCCAUAGACCGUCGGCCGAGACUUAAGGUACCCUUUUUGAUCGCUGGUGGCGUUACCCUCAUAGUCCCUGUAAUUUGGAUCAUAAUGUUUGCGAUAAAGCGAUACCAAGUGCCUAAAACUAGGGAAAGGGUGGACAGCCGUGUCGCCGACCCAACCGGUAAGACUGUACAGAAAAUUACCACGGAUAAAUCGCCAAUCCUGAUGCCCGCCAGGCGCACUAAAAUUAUCUUGAUCAUUCUGGUUGGCAUGAGUUUGAACUCGUACUCGGCUAUGGAGCAGAGCUUUCUAAAUAAUAGCUCCACUUAUUAUCAGUAUUUGCCGAUCCGGUUGUCAGCACAGGAGGCGGCGGACGUGCUGUCAGUGAUGACCAGCACCUAUACCGUGGGUCGCCUCAUAUCGGCCUUUAUAGCCAGUAAACUGAGCGCCGAAGUUAUGUUAGUCUAUCACUCGGUUAUUAUCUGUGUUUCGAUGGCUAUUCUCCAGUUCGGUCAGCACUCGAAAGCUUUCAUUUGGGCCGGAAAUGCACUCAUAGGUUUCGGGUACAGCGCAAUGUGGCCCUCAUAUAUUGCUUUUGGUGAGAAAUACAUCAAAUCGCAGAGAUAUCCCGAGACAAGUACGUUGGGUUUGUGCGCGGUCAUAUUCGCACCGACAACUAUCGAUAUGAUGCACGUGUUUGACACUACAAUGGCGCGCAUAUCGUUAGUGGGCGUAGGGACAAAUAUAGGCUAUUUGACCGGGUCAUUUAUUGGGUUCACAUACAAGUGGGUCAACCGGCAACUGGCCAUCACUGUUACCACAGCAAUGUUGGGUGUAUUUACCCUGCUGGCGCCUCUAUGUCCCAAUGUAACCUUGCUAAUUUUGUGCAUGUUUUUGGGUUCGAUCGGUUCAGGUUGUUUCGAUAGUAGUAACGCUGUUUGGGUGAUCGAGAUGUGGGACAGUAAGAGUCCGUCGGUGCUUAUGUUGGGCCAAAUGAUGUACGGCUUGGGCUCAAUACUGGCGCCCGUAUUGGCCCGACCUUUCGUUAGCACCGAUACCGAGCCGACGGACGGCACGACACUCGCCUCAGUCACUACCGAAGCGCCCAUUGAUUACACGUAUAGACGCCAACAAUUGGUGAUACCGUAUAUGAUUGCCGGCGGCACUACUCUUAUAGUGCCCACUAUUUUUCUAUUGAUGCGAUAUAAACAGCCAGAAAGUGAAACUAUAAAAUCGGAUGAAAAAACUCACCAAGCUAAUUUAUCACAGGCCACAGACAGCGGGAACAAUUCAUUAGCAUUAAUAGAGCGGGCACUCGCUCUCGCCUCAUACAACGCACUGGAGGGCGUCCACAUGGGCUCACUUCCCACAUAUUUGCAUUAUUUGCCCCUGGUCAAUAUUUCAAGCCAACGAGCGGCCGAUGUAAUGACCUUGAUGACAUCCACUUAUACGGUGGGUCGAUUAAUAUGCGCGUAUAUAUCGCUUAAAUUGAGACCGGAAAUAAUGAUCACCUAUCACACCAUCCUGAUAUUUAUAUCAAUAUUAAUUAUGCAAUUUGGCAAAACCUCCAUGGUUGCUAUUUGGGUGGCCAAUGGAAUCAUAGGAUUUGGAUUUUGUGCAAUGUGGACCUCGUUUUGGAUAUUGGCUGAGAAUUGUGCUAAAUUAGACAAUACAAUCACCUCGAUAUUCUGCAUUACAGCCACUGUGUUUAAUCUGGUUUCACCCUUUGUAAUCGGACCACUUAUCGAGAAACACCCCGAAGUGUUUCUAUACUUGGAAAUGGCAUAUUUGGCAUUAACUAUAUUUUUGUUCAUUAUAUUAAUGAUUAUCGUCCGUAUGUCGCGACAAAAUCGAUAA